AUGCCGUCGCUUCAAGCGGUGAUGGUGCACGGCGGCGAGGAGAAGAAGGUCGGCGCCACGAAUGGAGCGCCGCCCACUUACACGCCCCAUACUCUGGUGAGCCUCCUCCGGGCGCGGUCGGAGCGGAGCACCAAGGCCGAGGAGAAGGUGGAGUGGGUGCGGUCGCAGCUCGUCGGCCACGACGCCGAGUUCGAGACGCCGUUCGGCCGCCGCGCGCUCCUCUACGCCGACCACACCGCCACCGGCCGCAGCCUCCACUACAUCGAGGACUACAUCCUCAAGAACAUGCAUGGCUGUGUGUGCAGGGAACACGCACACACGGAGGACAGCUACGUGGGCAGCAAGACGACGCGGAUGGCGAGGAAAGCGGGGAGCUACAUCAAGCGGUGCAUGGGCGCGGGCCCCGACGACGCGCUGCUCUUCUGCGGGUCGGGCGCCACGGCGGUGGCGAAGCGGCUGCAGGAGGCGAUCGGGGUGGCGUGCCCGCCGGCGCUGCUGCGGGCGCGCGCCGCCGCCGCCGGCGCGCAGCAGCUGCUGCGCGCGGAGGAGCGGUGGGUUGUGUUCGUGGGGCCCUACGAGCACCACUCCAACCUGCUGUCGUGGCGGCAGUCCCUGGCUGACGUCGUGGAGAUCGGCGCGGGUGCGGGUACCGACGGCGACGACGGGCUCGUCGACCUCGCUGCGCUGCGGCGCGCGCUGGCGUCGUCCGAGUACGCCAACCGCCCCAUGCUGGGCUGCUUCUCGGCGUGCAGCAACGUCACCGGCGUGCUCACCGACACCCGCGCCAUCGCUCGCCUCCUGCACCAGCACGGCGCCUUCGCCUGCUUCGACUUCGCUGCCAGCGGGCCCUACGUUGACAUCGACAUGCGGUCGGGGGAGAUGGACGGCUACGACGCGGUGUUCCUCAGCCCGCACAAGUUCGUCGGCGGGCCGGGCACGCCGGGGAUCCUGCUCAUGAACCGGGCGCUCUACCGCCUCGCCGGCAUGCCGCCGUCCACCUGCGGCGGCGGCACCGUCGCCUACGUCAACGGAUUCAGCGAGGAGGUUUUGAUGAACCCGAAUGUUUCGUACUCUGGUACUGCAAUCAUUAAAGCCGUGAUAUGCACGCUUGAACCAUCGGAGUCACAACUCCGUGGCAGUACAUGCAUGACGAUCCAGUCGCUGACGCACGUGUGCCGUACCGUACACCCGCAUGCAUUGCAGGACACGGUGUACUACGACGACAUCGAGGAGCGGGAGGACGCCGGCACGCCGCCCAUCGUGCAGAAGGUGCGCGCGUCGCUGGCGUUCUGGGUCAAGGAGCACGUCGGGCGCGACGCCGUCGCGCUGCGGGAGCAGGUCUACGCGGAGGCGGCCAUGGCGCGGCUGCUCAGCAACCCCAACGUCGAGGUGCUCGGCAACGUCGCCGCGCGCCGCCUGCCUAUCUUCUCCUUCCUCGUCUACCCGGGCGGAGAAGGAGAUGACACCUCCUACGCGUCAGCGACCGGGAGCCCGCGGCGCCAGGGCGGCUGCGCGUGCGCGGGGCCCUACGGCCACGCGCUCCUCGGCGUCGGCGAGGACCUCUCGCUCCGCAUCCGCGACGCCAUCGUCAGGGGGUACCACGGCGUGAAGCCCGGGUGGACGCGGGUCAGCUUCGCCUACUACCUCUCCCGCGACGAGUUCCGCUUCGUGCUCGCCGCCAUCGACUUCGUGGCCGCGCACGGCCACCGCUUCCUCCCGCUCUACAGCUUCGACUGGGCCACGGGAAACUGGGCGUUCCACCGACGGACGUUCAAGCACCACGUCAUGAGGGAGGAGCUGCUACACGAUCACCGUGGCCGCCGCACCUCCACCACCACCGUCGUCGACGCCGAUUCGGACGACGACGACGAGCAGUACUACCCGAAGAAGAAGACCACCGCCGCGGAUCAGCAGCAGGCUGCUGGCCUGACCACCGACAAGUUUCAGAGCUACCUGGAGACUGCCACCAAGAUCGCGCUGUCGCUGCCGGACACGUACCAUGAACUCGUGGCGAGCGUGCCCAAGGGAUUGGACCCCAACGUUAUACUCUUUCGAGUGUGA